GCACUUCACACUUGUCAGAAACAAGAGGAAGGAAGAAGGAUCGUGUGGUUUUCUGCCUUGUUUUACAUCAAAAAACUUAUCCUAAACUAUAUGAUUCUUUAAUCUCUCUCCGGAAAGACGAAGGGUCGAAUGUGCAGUAGUUCAGCAAGAGAUGGCGCUGAUAAACCGUCAGAUCCUCAGGGAUGACAGUUUAGAGAAAUGGGAAGAAAUUGGAUCUGGUGGUUUUGGUUGUGUCUGUAAAGUCAGACACAAAGACUGGAUGUGUGAUGUGGCCGUUAAAAUCCUCAAGGAUGGCACUAGUCACUUCAUGCUUAAGGAGAAAGCGCUGUGUGAAGAGGCGUAUCUUAUGGAUCUGGCUUCUUGUGAGUUUGUCCUGAGGGUGCAUGGAAUCUACGAGGGAUCUCUAUCCAGAUCAGGGUCUUCCAUGCAAAAGGGAAUAGUCAUGGAUUACAUGAGAAGAGGCUCUAUUGAGUCCUUACAGAAGGACCUGUCGGGCCCGCCACCCUGGCCCCUCACAUUUCGCAUGGCCCGUGAAGUCGCUCUGGGCAUGAAUUUCCUGCAUUCGAAGGGCCUUGUGCACCAAGAUCUGAAGCCAAGUAAUGUACUUCUGAGUGAUGACCUUCAUGUCAAGCUGGCCGACUUUGGUUUGUCCAGGGUUUCCACCAGUGUUUUGAACAGCAACAUAGUUACAACAGGAGAGGUCGGAGGAUCAUUCAAGUACAUGCCUCCAGAGGCUUUUGAUUUGUCAUAUAAACCUGUCCGUUCUUUCGACAUCUACAGCUAUGGCAUCCUUCUUUGGUCCAUUUGUUCUGGUAAAGAGCCCUAUCCAGAUGCUCCAUACUCUCUGGUUAAAUUAUUGAUCUCUCGGAACCCGGAGCAAAGACCCCCCUGUGAUGACCUUGUCGAGAUGAGGGUGGAGGGUUUAGCAAAGCUGGUUGACCUAAUGAAGAGCUGUUGGCAUCAUAAUCCCAAACAGAGGCCUACAUUUAAAGAUAUCCUGGAAGACAAGGAAAUUGUUUGUUUGUUCUCAACGCACAAUAAAGGAAUUCAUCAUGCAGUCUACGAAGUCUUGACAAAACUGGAUCGUCAGUGCAGUGAACAGCCACCUAAUUUGGUACCUUCCAUCUGCACAACACAAGGGAGAAAAAUGUCAAAUGAUAUCGUUGAUCAUCCAAAAUUUCCAAUGGCUCCUAAAUGUGACUCUGUUAGUGUUUCUACCACAACAAUGAGUGAUUUUGAAAAAGCAAAAUUUGUGGAUGACAAAAGGGUUGUCCUAAUUCAGGAUGUUUCUGAAGUGAUGGCAAUUGUAGACGAGCUUGGAGACAUGGUCCACAAAGAAACCUACUCUCGGAUUGAGGCUGAAAAGACGGCUCAAGGACAAAUGAGAGUGCUUUACAGAUAUACAUUGCGUUCAGGGGGAAAGAAGGUCAAAGCAGCCCUCUAUGAUGCCCUCAAAAUUCAUGAGCCCAACCUGGUGGAGAGGCUUGGUGGCUGACUCCAAGACUCAUGGUGGCCUUGGCAGAAUUUGUCCACAGAAGUGUGAAAGACCUCUCCAGCAUCAUCAAACAUUAAAGCUUACUGAUUACUUUACUCUUUAUUUAUCUUUUUAUAUAUAUAUAUAUUUUUUUUUUAAAAAGCCUGUGUUUCAUUAAUAUGUACACACUGAAGUUGUUUACAAUAAGCCAAAUAUGUUUUUGUCAAAAUACAGUAUGUAGAAAAGAAAAAGAUAAACUUGUC